UGCUCUAAAAGGAAGCUUCAGCUCUGCACAGCUUGCAGGAGAUCUUAAUUGCAAAAAUAAGUUCUGCAUCAGUCACAGGACACACUUUGAGAACAGGUAGAGAAUGCUACAUUUUACAAGGAAAAUUACAUUCAGCUAUGAAAGCUUUCAAAUCAUUGUUCAAACCUGCUACUCCCUGGAGGAUCGUCCAAACAGAUGACAAGGAUUCAUAUCUGGACUCCAUCAAAAAGUUCCAACUGACCAAAGAUGAGGUUCAGCACAUUAGAAUCAUGCUCUACGGGCCCACGGGAUCUGGCAAAUCCAGCUUUAUCAACUCAGUGGAAAGAAUUCUGAGAGACAGAGUGACUAGUCAGGCUUUAUCUGAUAGUAUUGGUGGCUCCAGCUUCACUAAAAAGUAUCGAACACACUCUAUAAAAAAGGACAGUAGCAGCUACUAUCCCUUUGUCUUCACUGAUGUCAUGGGUCUCGAGAAGGAAAGGAAGAAAGGAGCUUGUCCUGAGGACAUUGCAUUAGCUUUUAAGGGACAUGUGAAGGAUGGUUAUACGGUAGGCUUUUUGGACAAAUGCACCAAUCCUGCUGGUAUUUGGGUUUAUUUAUUCUUGAUUUAUUUCAAGUCAGUAUUAUACUUUUUUAAGAUUUGUAGAUGUAAUUUUUAUGGUUUUGUUUUAAAGUUCAACCCUCAGACUUCAAUAAGCCCUACUGACCCAUUCUACAACAGCAGUCCCACUAUGAAUGACAAAACCCAUGUUCUGGUGUGUGUGGUCUCAGCCAGCACUGGUCAUUUACUGGGCAAUGAACACCUUGAAAAGAUCAGGGACGUCCGCCUUGAAGCCAGUGAUCUGGGAAUUCCACAAAUAGUAGUUCUUACCAAGAUUGAUGAAGCCUGCCCUGAGGUGCACUUAAAUAUUAAAAAGGUCUUCACAAGCAAUAUAAUAAAAAAAGAAUAGAGGAAUUGUCUGCAUAUGUGGGUAUUCAAAUGAACUGCAUGUUUCCAGUGAAAAAUUACCACUCUGAAUUCAUUCAAAACAAGGACAUGGACACACUGAUUCUGAUGGCUCUGAAA